AAAUUAUCAGCAUAAUAUAUUUUUGUAUAAAUUAGCAGCAUAAUAAGUGCAAAAUUUGGUCCAGCUUGCCCAAACUUGAAUUGGAAUGAGUAAUCACAGUAUUCCAAAAUUCCAAGAAAGACGAAAAGUUGGUAUUGUUGGAUUUGGACAUAUAGGUCAGUAUAUAUAUAGAGAAUUAAAGAACAAUGAUUAUGGAUUAGAUGUUGCUUUUGUUUGGAAUAGAAGUGUUGAUAAACUAUCUGGUUUGCAAGAGAAUGAAAUCUUGCAUGAUUUAAAUCAAUUUUUUGAAAGAAAUGUUGAUUUAAUCAUAGAAGUUGCUCACAUUUCAAUUACUGAACAAUUUGGAGCAAAAUUUCUGAGCAAGUGUGAUUUUAUGGUUGGUUCUCCAACAGCAUUAGCAAAUAAAGACUUGGAGGCUCAACUAUAUUCAGCUGCUAAUAAUAAUGGAUUAUAUGUUCCUGCAGGAGCAUUUUGGGGUGCUGAGGAUAUUCAAAAAAUGGCAUCACAAGGAUCCUUAAAGGCUUUAAAGGUUACAAUGAAAAAACAUCCUUCAUCUUUAAAACUUAAUGGUGAGUUGGCAGAGAUGGUUAAAAAUAUGUCUGGUGAAACUUUAGAGCUGUAUGAUGGACCUGUUCGCGAUUUAUGUCCACUUGCUCCUUCAAAUGUGAAUACAAUGGCAUGUGCAGCCAUUGCUGCUUCAAAUCUUGGUUUUGAUAAAGUACAAGGUUGCUUAGUAGCAGAUAAAAGAUUGGCAUGUCAUAUUAUUGAAAUAGAUGUUGUUGGACCAUCCAACAAUAAUGGUGAUUGUUUCACAGUUCGAACGGUUAGAACGAAUCCGUCUCAGUCUGGAGCAGUUACGGGUAAUGAAACAUAUGCUUCAUUUUUGCAAAGCGUUAAAAAAAAAAAGUUAAAGAAUCGCCACGUCAUAUGUCCAGUGGGUUCUAAUAGCUGGUGUAAUUGGAAGAAAGGAAAUUCUUCAGGGAACUGCUGGUGUUCAGAGAGCAAUGUGUCACCUCAAUCUUGAGAAUGGUGUCCUUAUUUUGUAGGGAGGAAAAACGCGUUGCCAGCAUGAAUAAAAAAGACACUUUUGAAAAAAAAGUAGAAGAAUACAUUUAAAAUCCAUUAACAAGGGUUGGCAAGAUGAAGAAGAACAACUGGAAACUUUUAAACCCUACUCAUCUGGAAGUUUUUGAUAUUUUUAUUAGUUAUAAAAUGUUUAUUGUUGUUUUUUCUUUAUUCACUUU